UUUGAAUUUUUUUUCCAAUGUUUUUGUUUACUUUUUGUUUAAUUGUCUUUAAUUGCUGUUGUCUUUUUGUUUUGUUAAUUAACUGAUUAGAUGAAUUUUUAUUUUGCUUAUGUUAUUUAUGUUUUUCUCUGUGGUCUCCUGUUGGUUCUUCAUUGGGAUGUGAAAGUUGGUGAAGAUGAAACAAAAGGUUGGUUUGAAUCUUCAACUCUAAUUGUUAUCGCUCAUCCUGACGAUGAGACAAUGUUUUUUGGUCCAUUACUGGUCAGUCUGAUCUCAAAUAGUCCUGAUAAGAUAUUCAUCUUGUGCUUGACCUCUGGUGAUUUCUAUGGUCUAGGUGCUAUCCGUUCAAUAGAGUUGAUUACUGCUGUCCAGCAAAUCGGUCUACCAAAAGUUAACCUUUUCUUGACUGACCAAUUUAGAGAUGGUUUUGAUCAACAUUGGAAUUCAAGUUUAAUCUCUUUGAUUGUGGAAGAGAAGAUUAGAAAUCAUAACAUUACUCAUGUAAUUACAUUCGAUGAAUUUGGAGUUAGUCAUCAUCCUAAUCACAGAGAUACACAUUCAUUUAUUAAGGUUUUCUCUUCAUCGUCAGGUCAACUUGCGACCUCAGUUAAAUUUUUUCUCCUUGAAAGUGUUUCCCUUCAUAGGAAAUAUUUAUCAUUUUUGGAUAUUCCAAUUUCAUUAAUCGAUAUUGAAAUUAAUGAUUGGCUAUCGAACCACAAAUAUCCCAAUCAGAGGAAAUGGUUUUUCGGCCUAACACCUUCAAAGUAUCUCAAGUUGGUUCGAGCUCUUUAUGCCCAUGAAAGUCAAAUGGUCUGGUUUCGAAAAGUUUACUCGAUAUUAUCAAGAUACAUGUUCAUGAAUACCCUGACUGAUUACAAUAGAUGACGAUAAUAAAUUAUCAAAGACAUUCUGCUUGGAUAAUUAACUUAAUGUGGUUGUAAAUUAUUUAUUACAUUUUCACUUCGAGAUUGUCUCAAUGAAUUAACGUUACAACUGGACCAACUGAAACUCGACUCUAUCUCCAUUGAAGUUUCUAAAAAUCUACCGCUGAUUUUGUGGAUGAUUAUAAUUAGAAGGCUUCGUUAUCUUUGUAAUGUUAAAAAUUAGUUAAUUGCACAACUUCUUACUUCCAUUGAUGAAUAAAUCUAUUGGAAAUCAAAAAGAAAGUUAAAGGAUUCAAUCAAUUUUAACACUUUUAUGAAUAUUUUUUAUUUUGAAUAAAGUAAAUGAUUGAUUGUCAGAGAUUAAAUGAUUGACCAUUUCAUACAAUUACUUGGAUACAUGUUCGAUUAACUUAAA